UACAAAUACAAUGGUAAUGGAAGCACCAACUCCAAGCUGCGUUGGGAUGGAGUUUGUCCGACAGUAUUACACCAUCCUAAACAAAGCUCCUAACUUGCUGCACAGGUUUUAUGCCAAGAAUUCAUCAUUCAUGCAUGGAGGAGACAUCAGCAACCGUGAACCCAUUAUUGGUCAGUCUGAUAUAUACAACUACAUCAAAGAACUGAACUACAAAGAUUGUCAUGCCAAGAUCCUUCUCAUUGACUUACAGUCCACUCUGGCCAAGGGAAUUGUCAUUCAGGUGAUGGGCGAACUCUCGAAUGAUGGACUUCCCAUGCAGCGCUUCAUGCAGACGUUUGUGUUGGCACCUCAGUCAAAUAAGAAGUACUACGUGCUCAACGAUAUCUUCCGUUACCUGGACCAGGUAUGGCUCCUAACAUCAAAAAUUGUUAGUGUUAAUUUCUCUUGA